CUUGGCCGAGACAGUUGAACUUUAUCUUCAACCACCACCGAACUGUGCUUCUGAGUUAGAGUAAGCGAGGAACUAUAUCGUCUGCACAGUUGAACCAAAUAAAGAAAAAAGACCCACAAAACAUCACUGCAGACAGAGGGUUUUCAUGUUUGAACUUUGAAGACCAAAAGAACCAAAGAAUAUGCUUCUGCAAACUACAAUCUCAUCCCCACCUUUACACCACCACCCUGUCUGCUUCUCAGCUACCCUUCCUCAUUCUUACUCUUUCCUUUCAUCUGGGUCUCUCAGGUUCAGCCGCAAGAAGCUCUCUUUUCAGGCCAUUGUUCAGUGCUAUUGUGAACCAGCUUUGAAGAACUCAGGGACAGGCAAUGGAGUGAAUGACACUAGAUUUCUCAACCUACAGAUGUUUCAAAAGGGACUGGCAACUUAUAUGGCAUGCAGAGGAAGAUGCAGCUCACAUGUGAAAAAAUCCUUGAAAAACAUUCUGGCUAUGGGUGAUGACUCAAAUCUGAAGAAGCCAUUAGUUGUGGUGUCUGCUUUCCUCUUUGGUCAAGCCUUGUGGUUGAUUUCUGCACAACUAGCAAAUGCAAGUGAAAUUACCAGUGGAGAUGCAGUUUAUGAGAUUGGAGCGUUAUUUGAGUUAGGAAUCCAACUAUCUUAUCUGCUUUUACUACUAGGUUUGCUUGGGGUUGGAACCUUCUUUGUGAUCCGUCAAGUCCUUGUACGUAGAGAACUUGACCUUUCUGCUAAAGAGUUACAGGAGCAAGUAAGAAGUGGAGAGGCAAGUGCUACUGAGCUUUUUGAGCUAGGUGCCGUUAUGUUGAGAAGGAAAUUUUACCCUGCUGCUACUAAAUAUUUGCUUCAGGCAAUUGAGAAAUGGGAUGGCGAUGAUCAAGAUCUUGCCCAGGUUUACAAUGCCCUUGGGGUCAGCUAUGUCCGGGAUGGGAAGCUCGAGAAAGGAAUCAGUCAAUUUGAAACUGCUGUGAAGCUUCAACCAGGCUAUGUCACAGCCUGGAACAACCUUGGUGAUGCAUAUGAGAAGAAAAAAGACUAUAAGUCUGCACUCAAAGCAUUUGAAGAAGUGCUACUUUUUGAUCCCAAUAACAAGGUAGCGCGCCCUAGGCGAGAUGCGUUAAAGGAUCGUGUACAAAUGUACAAAGGAGUUCCUGUGAAAUCAAAAGACAGAUGAUUUUGUCAAUUUGCUCAUGCUCCCACCUAUUUUAAUUCUGAAUUUUUGACACGUGACUAAAAGGGUUGUUCUCUUUUGGGAAAGAGGAAAUUAGAUGAAUAUAAACAAUCGCUGCAUUAAGGAAUGCAAUCUGUUGGGCAUUAUUGAACUAUUGAGUAUGAUGCUGAUAAUUUGAAGACAAUACAACUUUUCUUCAUUUGAUUCUA